GCGGCGCCGCGGAGGGGCCGGAGCGGGACCGGGACCGGGACCGGGAGCGGGAUCGGACCGGGAACAGGAACAGGGAUCGGGAACGGGAUCCGGGACGGGCAGCGGGAAAGGGAACGGGCAGCGGGAGCCGCCCCCGCCCGCAGCUCCAGCCUCUCCCCCCUCCCCACCAUGGGGGACAUGAAGACCCCGGACUUCGACGACCUGCUGGCCGCCUUCGACAUCCCCGACAUCGACACCAACGAGGCCAUCCACUCGGGCCACGAGGAGCCCGAGCCCCCCCUCAAGCAGGGCCCGGGGGACACGGCGGGGACGGCAGGGGGGCCCCCCGAGCACGUCCUGCCCCACCCCGACAUCUCGGCCGUCAGCGUCAUCGUCAAGAACACCGUGUGCCCCGAGCAGCUGGAGCCGCUGGACGGCCGCGGGAAGGAGGGGCACGGCUUGGGGGCCCGGCUGCUCCAGAACGGCUUCGGCGCCGCCGACGCCCCCCGGUCCCCCCCCGGCGGGGCCAGGGCGGCCGACGGGGCCAACGGGGAGUGCUGGGGGAAGGAGAAAGGCCCCAAGGCCCUGGAUCUCUUCUCCCACUUCGGCCCCGAGCCCGGCGAGGAGCCCGCCCUGCUGGACAGAGCCCCCCAGCCCCGCGAGGGCAGGGCCAAGGAGAAGGGGCUGGCGGUGCCCUCGCUGGCCCCGUCGCCCGGGCCGGGCCUGGACUGCAAAGGGGAGGGCCCCGAGAAGCUGCCCCCGAAUUUCCCGCAGCCCUUCGAGCCGGGCCAGGCGGGCACCGCCAUCAAGAAGGAGGACUCGGACCCCGAGGAGGUUGGGGGGCGUGAGCGCAGCCCCGAGGGCCUGGGGGACGGCCCCCUGGAGCACCUGCAGUCGGUGACGGUUCGUUACCCCCCGGAGGACCCGGCCCUGCCGCCCUGGCCCGGCCCCGAGCCCGCCCUGCCGGGGGCAGAGGUGAAACACUCGCCCCCCAGCCCUCAGGAGCCCUUCUACAAACCCCCCUCGCCCGGGGGGCUGCCCCCCAGCACCCCCAGGGACGGCCUCUCCCUCAAGGAGGAGCGGGAAGGGCUGGAGAAAGGCGUGGGGAGCCCCCAGAGCGUGUCCAGCGCCGAGGACGAGGAGGAGGACGAGGAAGAGGAGGAGGACGAGGAGGAGCAGGGAGGGGGCAACAACAACAACGACUCCCCUUCCUCCAGCUCCUCGCGGCCGCUCAAGGUGAGGAUCAAAACCAUCAAGACCUCGUGCGGCAGCAUCACCAGGACGGUCACCAGGGUGUCCUCGGACUCGGAGCCGGGCUGUGCCAGAGGCGCCGCCGAGCAGAGCUGCCAGGAGCCGGCCCUGGAGGGCUCGGCGCCCGCCCUGAAGGAGGAUGGGACCCCGGAGGGCUCCCCCACGGCCAGGCCGGAGCUGUGCAGCCCCUCCAAGGCGGCGGAGGGGCCCAGGCUGGUGAGCGUGCAGCUGGGUGCCAAGCUGCCGGGCGCGGUGCUGCCCGUGUCCGCCAUCCAGAGCGCCAGCAGCGCCAUGCUCAUCGCCGCCAGCGUGGCCCAGCAGAAGGCCGUGGUGCUGCCCGCCAAGCCCGGCAAGGCCGUGGCCAAGAACAUCAUCAACCUGGUGCCGCAGAGCCUGCCCCGCGCCGACGGCAGGGCCGGUGCCGGGCGCGCCGCCGCCCCCAAGGUGAACGGCGCCGCCGUGGUGAUGGUGCAGCCGCAGAAGCCGCCGCCGCCCGCCCUGGCCGGCACCGUCAUCUCCCGCAGCCAGUCCAGCCUGGUGGAGGCCUUCAACAAGAUCCUCAACAGCAAGAACCUCCUGCCCACCUACAAGCCCAACCUGAACCCGCCCGCCGACGCCAGCCUGGCGCUGCCGCCCUUCGGCUACCGCUGCCUGGAGUGCGGCGACGCCUUCGCGCUGGAGAAGAGCCUGGCCCGGCACUACGACCGGCGCAGCAUGAGGAUCGAGGUCACCUGCAACCACUGCACCAAGCGCCUGGUGUUCUUCAACAAGUGCAGCCUGCUGCUGCACGCCCGCGAGCACAAGGACAAGGGGCUGGUCAUGCAGUGCUCGCACCUCGUCAUGCGCCCCAUCGCCCUGGACCAGAUGGUGGGCCAGCCCGACAUCACCCCCCUGGUGCCCGUGGCCUCCUUCCCGCCGGGCAGGGUGGCCCAGGACGGCCCCGGCGCGGCCAACGGGGCGCAGGAGCCGCCCGUGCUGCCCCUGGGGGGCGGGGGGGCCCCCGAGCAGGGCAGCUACAGCUGCUUCAGGUGCCUGGAGUGCAAGGAGCAGUGCAAGGACAAGGCCGGGCUGGCGGCGCAUUUCCAGCAGCCCGGCAGCGCCGGCGGCGCCGGCAGCACGGUGUGCUCCACGUGCCCCAUGAUCAUGUCCAACCGCUGCAGCUUCAGCGCUCACCAGCGCAUGCACCGGAGCCGCCCCCCUCACGUGUGCCCGGAAUGCGGCGGGAAUUUCCUGCUGGCCAACUUCGAGGCCCACCUGAAGGAGUCCUGUCUGCACUUCUCCCGCAGGGUGGGAUACAGGUGCCCCAGCUGUGCCGUGGUGUUUGGGGGGGUGAACUCCAUCAAGUCCCACAUCCAGACGUCCCACUGCGAGGUUUUCCACAAGUGUCCCAUCUGCCCCAUGGCCUUCAAGUCAGCUCCGAGCGCCCACGCCCACGUGUACACCCAGCACCCCGGCUUCAGCAACCAGCAGGCCAAGAUGAUCUACAAGUGUGCCAUGUGCGACACGGUGUUCACGCACAAACCGCUGCUCUCGGCCCACUUCGACCAGCACCUGCUGCCCCAGCGCGUCAGCGUCUUCAAGUGCCCCGAGUGCCCCCUGCUCUUCGCCCAGAAACGCACCAUGCUCGAGCACCUCAAGAACACCCACCAGCCCCAGAAGGCCAAGGAGGAUGUGGCCAGGAAGGUGCUGCUGACCCCGAAGCAGGAGCCCCUGGAGACCCCCGUGUCCAAGCUGUCCGAGGAAUCCUCGUCCUCCACGGAGGAGGACGAGCCCCCCAGCUCCCCCGAGCUGCGCAAGGCCAAGAGGAGCCGCUUCCAGAGGAAAAGCGGCACCAAAUCCAAGGGCAGCGGCUGGACCUGCGGGGUCUGCCACUCCUGGUUCCCGGAGCGGGACGAGUACGUGUCCCACAUGAAGAAGGACCACGGGAAGUCGGUGAAGAAGUUCCCGUGUCACCUCUGCGAACGCUCCUUCUGCUCCGCCCCGAGCCUGCGCAGGCACGUCCGGGUCAACCACGAGGGCAUCAAACGGGUCUAUCCCUGCAGGUACUGCACGGAGGGCAAACGGACCUUCAGCAGCCGCCUCAUCCUGGAGAAGCACAUCCAGGUCCGGCACGGGAUCAAGGUCACGGACCAGAUGAAGAGCCAGGAGGUCGUGAUCGCCCGGAUUGGGAGCGGCCCCUCCCAGGUGUCGGGCCGGAAGAGGAAGCUCUCCUCGGACGAUUCGUGCAGCGAGGAGCCCGACAGCACCACCCCCUCCAAGACCCCCAAGGGCGACCGCAAAGCCCCCCUGAGGUGCCGGAAAUGCGGCUACUUGGCCAGCAGCCCGUCCGACUUCCAGGAGCACAUCCCGCAGCACCGGACUGACGAGAGCUCCCACCAGUGCCGCGAGUGCGGGCUCUGCUUCACCUCCCAGGUGUCCCUCAACCGCCACCGCUUCAUCACCCACAAGAAGAAGAAGGGCGCGGGGGACCUGGAGGACCCCGGGCCCCGCAGCCCCCGGGAAGGGGGGUCCCAGGGCGCGGCCGACGGGAAAUUGGUGUGCAAGGUGUGCGGGAGGGGCUUCGACAGCCAACUCAACCUCAAGACCCACUUCAGGACCCACGGCAUGGCCUUCAUCAGGGCCAGGCAGAACAACAGCCCCGAGAACUGAGGGAGCCUUCCCGGCCUCUGGAAUUCCCUCUGGAAUUCCCCUCCCACCACCACCACCACCACCUUCCGGGACCCACGGGCGUGGAACAGCCCCAGGAAUUCCCACGGGAUCCAGGUGGGAACGGUGUAAAUAACAGCAGGGGGCUUGGGCUGCCCCUCCCUCCAUCCCGCUGGGAUGAAGGAGCUGGGAAGAGGAGAACCGGGAUGGGCCGAGCUGUCCUGACUCUGUGCCUGAAUCUGCUCCACCCCAAAGUUUUGGGGGAUUUGGGAGAGGAGGAGCCACGUCCGGAUUCGCCGAGGGGCUGCUCCCUGUCCCUGCUCCGGGAGGGACCUUCCU